AAACUAGACCUCCACCAAUAGAAACGCAUACACAUUUGUGGAUUUAAUACCUUUUAAACGAAGGUAGAAAAGGCAAUUCGCCCAGAAGUUUUGGGGAAUCUAUUCAGUCGCCAAUUGGCCUCGCAGAAACACAAUCCACUAUAGCAAUGGGCGAAGUUCCGAAAGUCACCGACCUGGCACAGGUGAUCGAGCCCCACCUGCCGGAGGGCUCUACUCUAGAAUCGUAUGCCAGUCGUUACCUAACUAAGCCCGGAGAUAACUACGGGAGUAUUAUGUUGGCCGUACAGGCAAAAAUUCGCAGUGCAGACGGUGCCACUCGGGAGCUGCCACUGAUAGCCAAGCUGCCACCCCUCACCAACGACCUUUACUGGCAGAUUUUCCAGCCCGAGCGGACCUGCAUCACGGAGAACGCGGUCUAUCAGUACCUAUCACCCGAGCUGGACAAGCUGCAGCUACAGGCGGGUGUCCUGCCCGCUCUACUUUUCGAUGGCUUCCCGCGAUACUACGGCUCCCGCAUCUCGCUCGAUUCCCGGUCUUCAAAGGUGGACCGCGAUGCCGUUCUCGUCCAGGAGAACGUCACGGUGCACGGCUACCAGCCGGGUAACAGGCACAGGGCGUACAAUCUGGCGGAAACCAUUCUCGUUCUGCACUACUUGGCCCAGUACCACGCCCUGCCCAUCGCUCUGCGUCUGAAGAAGCCGCAGUUGUACGAGGAAUAUGUGCGACCCUUCUUCAAGAAGUUUGAUAUGAACACCAAUAUUGAUCAGGCGGAGAGGGACCAAAUGAACAAUGAGCUUCUGAAGGACAUUAAGGCGGCGACCAGUGAUGAGAGCGACGUGAGUCGUAUCAAGGAGCUGAUGGCUAUGUAUGACGCCUUUCAAGCCGGCAAGGAUGUGGACGAUGGCCUCUUUACCACCCUUGUUCAUGGAGACCUAUGGAUCAACAAUAUGAUGCUGAAGUACGACGAACAGGGCACUCCAAUCAAGGUGAAAAUCGUUGACUUCCAAAUCGCGCAGUACGGAUCUUUGGUGCACGAUAUCAUCUUUCUGCUAUUUUCAAGUGUGGACGUAAAUGUUUUGGAGGAGAACUAUUACAAUUUCCUGCGCAUUUACUACGACGCCUUCAUUCAGACUCUGAGUGUCGUGAAUGUGGACACCAGCAACUAUACAUACGAGAUAUUUCUCGAAGAGGUGCAAAAAGUGGCACACUUUCAGCUGCCUCAUGCCAUCUUUAUGAUGAAGGUAAUCCUGGCUGAUAACAGCACGAUUCCCGACGACUAUAAAGACGUGGACUUUUCAGUGCUGUCCAAGAAUACUGGAAUUAAAACAAUUGUGACGAAAUUCGAGGCAAUCUUACGACUGGCAAAAAAGUUUAACAUUUUUUAUUAAUUUUAUUUUGCUUAAUAGCAAGUCACGAAAAUAAAUAUUUGAUUAUUA